AUGGUCGACGAAUAUGUUGCUGCUCUAGUUGUUGAUGGUGCUGUCGUCAAGGAUGUUGCUGGGGCCACUUGUGAUGGUGAAGGUGGGUGUGGUGGCGGUGUUGGUAAUGUUAUUGCCGAAUGUGGAGGGGGCGCUAUCGAUGUUAUCACAGUAGCCGCAGGUAUUACCAUAAAUGUUAUUAUUGCUAUUAUUGUCAUCUUCCCCGGUGGUGGACGUAUCGUUCUCUUUGACAGGGCUACCAUUAUUCUCGCCCAUGCCGGUGCCUCUACUUGGGACGCUGCUGCUGCUUCUGCUGCUGGCGUUGGAGGCAACGUCACUGUGGUCAAUGUUAAUGAUGGUGGUGGUGUAGUCAGGGGUGAAGUCGGCACUGUCGGUGUUGGUGUUGUUGACGUUCGUAAGGCGGUUCGAUGCGGUAAUGGUGGUGGUGGUGGUGGUGGCGGUGUUGCUGGCUCAGUUGAUGGUUCUGCACCCGUGUCUACGGUUGCUAUGAUUGCUAUGGUUCCUGCCGGUGGAAUUGGUUGGAUUUGCCCGCACCUCAACUUGAAAGACGACGCCUUUGGUUGCGCAGCGGCUUUCUACUGGGUAAAUGUCGCGGAUCCUGCAUGA